UUUCAUUUUCCAUUUUCCUUCUCUCUGAUUAUCCUUUUUUCUCUCAUCUUAAUUUCCGGGAAACUCUCUUUUCCCCUUUCUAAAUUCUCUUCUCAGCAAACUCUUUUUCCCCCCGAGAAAAUCAGUAGUUCAGUACCCUUUUUUUUGCUUAAAAAAGCACUAAAAAAUGGAUGAUUCAAUCGGCAGUACUAGUACAACUUUGCAUAUCAGAAAAACACCCAAAAAAUCCAAAUCCAAGAAGAACAGUAAGCAAAUCAAAGUAGUGUACAUAUCAAACCCCAUGAAAGUAGAGAUCAGUGCUUCAAACUUCAUGGCCUUAGUGCAAAAACUCACCGGCCAAGACGCUGCUGAACUUCCCGAAGACCCCACCCUAUUCACCGACGCUAAUGAAUCUGUCGUCGUCUCCGCCGAAGACGGAGGCGAUCAAAGGGUACCCGACGCUGCAAAAAACACAACCUCCUCCGCUGCCGCCGACCAUGCACGGGUGGUCCUCCAACAACAGUACCCCGCCUUUACCGAUGAUAAUAUUAAUGCUCAAGGCGUCCCCUUCGAUAUCUACGACGACGACGUUUUUACACCCCAGAUGAUAGAGAAUUUUACUGGGUUAAUACCUCAAAGCCUUUUAAUAUGAAAAUGUUGUAAGCUCUCUUUAUUUUUAAGCCUUUUUAUUUACUGUUAUUUUUAACGUUAAAUUCCAGGCCUAAUUAACUAUUAAUCUCUUGUGAUAUUAUCAUUAUUUA